CUCCCUCCAAAUUCGGAAAGAUCGAAACCGUUUCCCUCCAAUUUUCGUCACCCUAAUUUCAACUCUUAAUUACACUCCUUCACUUCUCCUUUUCUCUCCUUUCACCCCAAAAUUCCCAAACCUAUCUCACACAUCUCAACUAUUCAAUUCAAUUCAAUUCUACCGAGAUGGACUGCACCGUCACGGAGCCCACUCCCUCCUGCAAUGGCGCCGCACCGCCGCGCCGCAGCUCCCGCCGGAGGUUGGUCCAAUCGACGCUCUCCCCCCACAACCCACCGAAACCUCCUGAAAAGAACGACAAACACGACGAGGAUUACGCGGUUGCUGAGAAUCCCAAGAAGAGGAAAAAGCCUAAGGCUAAAACCACUCCUCGCAAAAAAGCUUCCAAGAAUGCCGUUCCGAAGAAAAAUGUGGCGGCUAAUGGGGUCACGGGAUCAACUUCGCAGCAGGUGUUGACUGAUUCGGAUAAGGUUAAUGUACCUGUGUUUGAUUUGUGGUUGGAAGCGAAAUUGUCGGCUGAGGAAGAUUCAAGGAUAUUUGCAGGACGGCAGAUACAUCCAUAUUUUUCAUUGUGGAAGGCGGGGAAGAAAGUUCAGGAUGUGGCUGUAUCGGGAAGUAAUUUAUUGACAGCAAAGAUUGAGGAUGAAUCGAUUGCAUGCGGCCCUAUUCAUGUAUUUGAAAAUAUUCAGAAUGAUACCUCCUCAUCCCUUGACUGGAGAAACUGGACGUUUCUGGAGAAUACUACCUCUAUGGAUUAUGAUCCAGAAAGUUUAGAUUUAUCUGUUUUGGAGGGUUCUUUCGAAUCCUUAAACUUUGAUAAGCUUCAUAGUUCUUUGGUUCCAUCUAUCACUUCAAUUUCUCAGAAUGCCUUAUCUUCAAAUAGACUUAGUAUACAUCCAGAAAAUCUGGAAGAAGUAUCACCAUCAAGUUCAGCUUCUCUAGCUGACCAAACAUGUCCUCCGUGUAAAGAUGCCAAACUGUACAUGGGGGAGGAUGAAUCUGUUACUCCAACUGAACAAGCUGGCAUUUUUGGAAAGUCAGAUACUGAACCACUGAGUAGAUUUCUUCAAGAAAGUAUGAGAUCAUACUACCGUAGUUGUGUAGAUAAAGCGGAGGACAGCUUGUGGACAUACAAAUACAAGCCAACAAAGGCUGUUGAGGUAUGUGGUAAUGAUGAAUCUGUGAACUUCUUGCGUGACUGGCUACAUCUUUGGUAUGAGAGAUGUUAUAAAAGCAGGAAGGAUACCUCUGAGAUGGAUAAAAGUGACAUGCAAGAUGCCGAUGAUGACGAUGAGGAUUAUAAAUGUUCCAAUAGUGACUAUGAUUCAGAAGAUAUAAAUGAGGAGGAUUCCCUGCAGAAUGUUCUUUUAAUUACCGGACCGAUUGGGAGUGGCAAGUCUGCUGCAGUCUAUGCUUGUGCCCAAGAGCAAGGGUUUGACAUUUUAGAGCUCAGUGCAUCAGAUUGUAGAAAUGGGACUGUUGUCAAGCAGUAUUUUGGAGAUUCUCUUGGUUCACUUAGGUUCAAAAGGUUAUCAGAAAACCCUGCUAGUUCACAGAAGAUAUCUACAAAAUUGCCCCCAGCUCCGGCUCUGCUCAAUGGUAAAGCUGCUGAUGAAGUGAAUGAUGGUGUGGAUGAACUGAUAGUCGUAUCUGAUGAUGAGGAUCAUAGCCCCAGUGGAUCAUCAUCGAAGUUACUUGGCAAAAAUAAGGUACUUUCAUGUAAUAAAGUCCAAACUAUAAUUCUAGUGGAGGAUGUGGACAUCCUUUUUCCUGAAGAUCGUGGAUGUAUUGCUGCCAUACAACAUAUUGCUCAGACUGCAAGGGGGCCAAUUAUACUGACCAGUAAUAGUGAUAAUCCUGGCCUUCCGGAUAAUUUUGAUAUGCUCCGUGUUUCAUUCGUGUUGCCAUCACCAAAGGAGUUGCUUUGCCAUUUGUACACUAUUUGUCUCACCGAAGGAGUCAACAUCCAUCCUCUUUUACUGGAGAAGUUUAUACAUUCUUGUGAUGGAGAUAUCCGAAAAUCCAUAAUGCAUCUUCAGUUCUGGUUUCAAAGGAGAAGAUUUCUAAAAGAUGAAAAGGCACAAAUAGGUUAUGGCUCACUUCCAUUUGAUAUUAAGCUUGGCCAUCAGAUACUACCAAAGAUAAUGCCCUGGGAUUUCCCCUCAGAGUUAUCCGAACUAAUUGACAACGAAAUCUCCAAAUCAGCAAAUAUAAUGGAAGAAAGCUCUAGAGGAUUAGUUACGGAAGAACUUCUUCACAGGCGAAAUGAUUUAAAUGUGCAGUAUAUGGAAACUGAUUAUAUUGAGGCCAAGAAGGUGGAGAUGAUUAAUAGAAAUGAAUCUUUGACAGACUACAGUGAGCUUGAAAUUCAAUAUAAUGCUAUUCCUGAGUUUUCCAAUUCUUCUGGUUCCCCACUUGCAUCCUCUCGGCAAAAUGGCCGAAGGAAAUUUGUAGUUAUGCCCUCUGAUUCUGAGGAUGAGGAUUCAAAUAGUGGAUAUCCUGUAGACGCACAUGAUGAAGCUAAUAAGAGACAAUCAAUGAAAAAUAAUAAUGGAUGUCUCAAUGAAUCAAAUGGAAACUACCCCAGCACAUCAGUUCGCAAACUUGUUUGUUCUGAAUUAGAGCAUUUAGAGGAGGAACAUUUAAAAUAUUCAGAAACAGCUGACGAUACAUGCUUAGAUAAAACAUUUAAAUCAUUAGAUAUAUCUUGUGUGCCAGAAUCAACGUUUGUUCCUGAGACAGCAAUUGAAAAUGAAGCAGAGACAAUGUCUGGAGCAGUGUCUUCUGGUCCUCUUGUUGGUCCUUGGGAAGUUUCCGUGAAUAAUGAGUUGAAACCAUCGUCGUUCAGCACCCGUAGGCGCUUGACAAAAUUGUCAAAGAAUCCAGAUUUGUUGGUGGAUGCUGAAACUUCUGAUUAUUCUCCUAAUGGGAUUUUGCAUGAUGUUCAGAAUGAGCAUAUGGAAACAAUUGUUAAUGUGAUGGAUGAGUGCAGUCGUAUGGAUUUCAAACUAAAGCCAUCGUUUUUGCAGUCCAAUCCAUUAACAGAUACAGAAAUGAUACAAAAGUUAUGGAGAGAUCUUCGCAAUCGUAAAAUGGAUUCAAUACAGCAUGCUACCUCAGAACAGCUAGGUGCUUUUCAAGUCGUUAAACUUGCUAGUGGACUGAGCAAUCUAAUUUCAGAAGCUGAUUUAUUUCAUAAUUGUGAUAUUAUGGAAUCUUCAACGUUCCCUUCUGGUGAAGCCACAUGUAGUUGGUAUCAUGAUCAACUAAUGGUGUCCACUGUUGCUGAACAUGGGUUUUGCUUUUACGCUAAUCGUAUAGCAGAUGAAGGAUCGAAAUUGGGUUGUGCAAAUUGUGUUGAUAUUACUUCUGAGAUGUUGUCUUCCACCACUGAUAUCAUGGCAUUGGGGAAAUUAUCCGGACAGGAUCUCAGGAAAAGCAAAGUUAUCUAUACUGGAAAGGAAUUAGAGUGUAAAAAACCAAUAAAUGAUAUGCAGAAGAGUGAAACCAAAACAUCUCUGUCCGGUGUCAUUCAAUCCAUUGUUCCUGCAAAACUAUCCUUGGCAUUAAAAGGUGAUGUAUUCAAUGAAUAUCUAUCUUCAUUACGCCAUAUUUCAAGGUCAGAAGCUGUCCGAAUUUCACAAGAAGUUGAAAAGAGAAGAGGAAGGGUACGAGGUGUUCACCAUUACUUGAGCAGAUGUACCACGUUGUCUCCUGAAGAUAUAUCUUUGGUGUGUGAGGGUGACCUGUACAAAAAGAUUUCUUCACAACAUACAACAUAGAAGGCAAAUUAUAACUUUUGUAUAGGUUUAAUAAGACAUACAUAUAAGCAGCUAGAAGAACUCGUUGAAUAUUGACAUAGGAUAGGUCCUUGUAGUUUGUUUUUACCUAUGAUUAUUGUCGCUGGCUAUGAUUGUAAAUUGAACUAGAGCAGAAGAGGUAGGAGUUUACCCAAUUAUGAAAACGUUUUUUCAUCUUUU